AUGAACAACCCAGUGAUACCACGGAAACCGCUUCCAGAGCCGGCACAGGCAUACUUCAAUGAUUCGGAUCAUUCGACUGCUACAUUCGAGUCGCAGUGGGCAGCACCUUCACCUCCUGGUCAACAAACGAAAGAUGCCAACACGGUCACCACCCUCCCACGUGAAGUUCCUUCACCUGACGAUAAGCCCGUUUACUCAGGAAGGCGGUAUGGACUUGGAUGUGGUAUCUUUGCUGGUAUAAAAACAAGUACUUUUGGCUCGACACUCUCUCGUCACUUCAACAACUUUCUGCCACCACACCAAAGAUACUUCAACAACUACAUUAACCGCCGUACGCUACUCAUCAUGAUCGGCAUCACAUUUGCUUCCGUUCUUGCUCUCAUCAUCGGUCUUGCAGCAGGCUUGUCUAUCGGCUCCAACAACAAUGCUCUUCCCCCACCCAAGGGAGCCCAGACCACCGGCGAAAUGACCUUCUACAACCCUGCGCUUGGUGCUUGUGGUACUAACCAUGGUGACGGAGACGCUGUCAUGGCCAUCUCACACGUCAUCUGGGACGAGAAUCAGGUCGGCCCUAACCCAAACACCAAUCCGCUAUGUGGCAAGAAGAUCCGAGCUCAUCGCAUUGAUGAGAGGACCGGCAAGGACGCCAGCAUUAUGGUCACCAUCGUCGACAGGUGCGUUGGGUGUGAUCGUAACAAUAUCGACGUCAGUCCCGCCAUGUUCGCCAAGUUGGCUGAUAAAGACAAGGGCAGGGUCAACGUGGAGUGGUCCUGGGCGUGA